GGUAGGGCCACAGUGUGCUCUUGAAGAGGGGAGGGGAGAGGAAAAGGGAAGGAGGAGACUGAGUGAUUAAGUCACCCACUGUGAGAGCUGGUCUUCUAUUUAAUGGGGGCUCUCUCUGCCCAGGAGUCAGAGGUGCCUCCAGGAGCAGCAAGAGCAUGGCCGAGGAUCUGGGACUGAGCUUUGGGGAGACAGCCAGUGUGGAAAUGCUGCCAGAGCACGGCAGCUGCAGGCCCAAGGCCAGGAGCAGCAGCGCAUGCUGGGCUCUCACCUGUUGCCUGGUGUCGCUCCCCUUCCUUGCAGGGCUCACCACCUACCUGCUUGUCAGCCAGCUCCGGGCCCAAGGAGAGGCCUGUGUGCAGCUCCAGGAUCUAAAAGGACAGGAGUUUGCACCUUCACAUCAGCAAGUUUAUGCACCUCUUAGAGCAGAUGGAGAUAAGCCAAGGGCACACCUGACAGUUGUGAGACAAACUCCCACACAGCACUUAAAAAAUCAGUUCCCAGCUCUGCACUGGGAACAUGAACUAGGCCUGGCCUUCACCAAGAACCGAAUGAACUAUACCAACAAAUUCCUGCUGAUCCCAGAGUCGGGAGACUACUUCGUUUACUCCCAGGUCACUUUCCGUGGGAUGACCUCUGAGUGCAGUGAAAUCAGACAAGCAGGCCGACCAAACAAGCCAGACUCCAUCACUGUGGUCAUCACCAAGGUAACAGACAGCUACCCUGAGCCAACCCAGCUCCUCAUGGGGACCAAGUCUGUGUGUGAAGUAGGCAGUAACUGGUUCCAGCCCAUCUACCUCGGAGCCAUGUUCUCCUUGCAAGAAGGGGACAAGCUCAUGGUGAACGUCAGUGACAUCUCUUUGGUGGAUUACACAAAAGAAGAUAAAACCUUCUUUGGAGCCUUCUUACUAUAGGAGGAGAGCAAAUAUCAUUAUGUGAAGUCCUCUGCCACCGAGUUCCUAAUUUUCUUCGUUCAAAUGUAAUUACAACCAGGGGUUUUCUUGGGGCCGGGAGUAGGGGGCAUUCCGCAGGAACAAUGGUUUAGCUAUGAAAUUUGGGGCCCAAAAUUUCACACUUCAUGUGCCUUACUGAUGAAAGUACUAACUGGAAAAAGGCUGAAGAGAGCAAAUAUAUUAUUAUGGUGGGUUGGAGGAUUGGUGAGUUUCUAAAUAUUAAGACACUGAUCACUAAAUGAAUGGAUGAUCUACUCAGGUCAGGAUUGAAAGAGAAAUAUUUCAACACCUUCCUGCUACACAAUGGUCACCAGUGGUCCAGUUAUUGUUCAAUUUGAUCAUAAAUUUGCUUCAAUUCAGGAGCUUUGAAGGAAGUCCAAGGAAAGCUCUAGAAAACAGUAUAAACCUUCAGAGGCAAAAUCCUUCACCAAUUUUUCCGCAUACUUUCAUGCCUUGCCUAAAAAAAUUAACAGAGAGUUGGUAUGUCUCAUGAAUGCUCUCACAGAAGGAGUUGGUUUUCAUGUCAUCUACAGCAUAUGAGAAAAGCUACCUUUCUUUUGAUUAUAUACACAGAUAUCAAAAUAAGCAAGGAUGAGUUUUACAUGUAUAUCAAAAAUACAACAGUUGCUUGUAUUCAGCAGAGUUUUCUUGACCACCUAUUAUGUUCUGGGUGCUACCUUAACCCAGAAGACACUAUGAAAAACAAGACAGACUUCACUCAAAACUUACAUGAACACCACUAGAUGCUUCCUGAUCAAAUAUCAGUCAGCAUACUCUAAAGAAUAACCCCAAGUUUUGGCCAGGCAUGGUGGCUCAUGCCUGUAAUCCCAACACUUUGGGAGGCCGAGGCGGGUGGGUCAUCUAAGGCUAGGAGUUUGAGACCAGCCUGACCAACAUGGAGAAACCCUGUCUCUACUAAAAAUACAAAAUUAGCCAGGCGUGGUAGCACAUGCCUGUAAUUCCAGCUACUCAGAAGGCAGAGACAGGAGAAUUGUUUGAACUGGGGAGGCAGAGGUUAUGGUGAGCCCAGAUCGCACCAUUGCACUCCAACCUGGGUAACAAGAGCAAAACUCUUUC